UUGAUUAAAUAGACUAUAUCUUCGUGGAUUAGGGAUGCAGUUGCAUGUACAGUACAUAUAUUAUGUGUCAUAGAUCAUAUUGGCUCAGUGUGUCCAAGGAGGGAAAUGGUUGGGAAAUCUAAUAGAGCAGGCAGGGGGUGGACCUUCAGAUCACAUCUGGAAACUAGCUUGUCUGGACAAUGACUGUUAAGCAACAAGGAGAGGGGUGGAGAAAGUAGUUUCCUGGUCGGGGAAAAUUUACAGUAGGAGAGUUAAGAGGGAGACGAGCAGUAGUCAGCAUGUCACUGAAGCCCGACAAGAUGGAUUUACCUCCUCGCCCAAAACUUUUUGAUUUCCACGGAAUCUCAAUGACCCAUUACUUCACAGACAACUGGGAAAAUGUUCAAAACUUUCAGGCCAGACCAGAUGACAUCCUUGUUGCAACAUACCCAAAAGCAGGCACCACUUGGGUCUCUUACAUUCUUGACCUGCUGUAUUUUAGUAAGACAUGUCAAGAGCGCCAGAAAACCACCCCUAUCUAUGAAAGAGUGCCUUUCUUGGAGAUCACCGUCCCCUCUUUGGAUUCAGGGACAGAGAUGGUAGAAAAACUUCCUACCUCUCCUCGACUCAUUAAAACUCAUCUUCCAGUCCAGUUUGUGCCCAAGUCCUUUUGGGAGCAAAAUUGUCGGAUAGUCUACGUAGCCCGCAAUGCAAAGGACAACAUGGUGUCUUUUUUCCACUUUGAACGUAUGAACUAUAUUCAGCCGGAGCCUGGAGACUGGAGCGAGUUCUACCAGAAGUUCAUGGAUGGAAAGCGUAUGUAUGAAACACAUUGUUACAGAGAAGCUGCUAUUUCUCCUACAUUGCUCUUAAGCUCUGCUUGCUUGUGUUAUCCUCUGGCGUCAGUGGUGUUUGGUUCCUGGUAUGACCAUGUGAACAACUGGUGGAAGAAGAAGCAGGAUUAUUCAAAUCUCCAUUACAUGUUCUAUGAAGAUAUGAUUGAGGACACCGGACGGGAAAUCGACAAACUCUGCCACUUUCUCGGCUUGUCUCCUUCAGCUGAGGAGAAGAGAAUGAUCACCGGUGACGUACAGUUUGAUAGCAUGAAAAAGGAUGGGAUGGCCAAUUAUUCUACUCUCGGUAUUAUGGAUUUCAAGGUUUCACCCUUCAUGAGAAAAGGAUUGGUCGGUGACUGGAAGAACCACUUCACUGUGGCCCAGAAUGAAAAGUUUGAUGAAGACUACAAGAAAAAGAUGAAGGAUGCCACACUUCAGUUCCGCACUGUCUUAUGAGCAAGACAGAACAGACGUCAAGACUCAUGCAUGAAGACGGUCUUUCACUGAAUAUCACGAUUACUGUAGUCUCAGACAUUUAUUCUCGCUGAGUCUUAGCUGAAUAUGAAUGUGCAUAUGAAUUACUAUGUGAACUACAUAUUUCAAAGCACAAAAAGUCAUGUAACAAUUCACGUUUGAAGUAUGUGAAAAAUGUAUAUGCAUACGACAACCUGUAAUUAACCUGCUGUGUUUAAACUGAUACCCUCAAAUGAAACCCAAGCUUAGUGAUUUCAAAACAAUUUUUUAUAAAUAUAUUUAUAUAUUUUUGUCUUUAUGUUUCAUAUUUUGCACUUGAAGGCAUUUCACCACUCAUCCAAGUAGCCUCUUCCGGCCUGAAAGACAUGUGGGGAGUUAGUUUUUUUUUGGGAACAUCUAAGGAUGAUGCCCACCUGAAACUUACUCCUCUGCUUACAGGGUUAUGACUUUCAGUGUGAUUCUACCUUCCUUGACAUCACUGAUUGGAGGCGAUGUCAAGGGAUCACUAUAGGAUCACUAUGAUCACUAUACAGUAUGUAACAGCUGUGGGCUAAGAUGAAUAAUUCUAGUUUGGUCUCCCUGAUGAGAUAUUACACCAGGGUGAUCAUAAUCUGAAUGUAUUUAACCUCUGUGACUUUUUAAACCUCCAUAACGUAUAACUAAGUGAAACAAGAUCUCUCAAACUGUAUAAAAUGAUCAUGUUUGGCGAAGAGCAACUGCAGCUGAAUUGUGGUGUGUGGUGGUUAUGAUCAGGUAUGAAUCAUCUGAUAUGAGUCUAUUUGCUUAGAUGUUGCUUCACCUGCCUGGAGUAUGGAGCAGCAUUCUCUGGUCAAAUGAAACCACAGCCCUAUCUAUUCAGGACUAAUAUUAACUGGGGACCCCUACUAAUUAAUGGGGCUGUAAUUUUUCACAGUGUGUCCAAACAUAUAUUGACCCAAAUCUUCACAGCUGUAUGCAUCAGACAUGUGAACUCGGCAGUUUCCAUGGUUUGCAGAAGGACAGAUAUAAAAGUUCCAAAGUGAAUAAAUGACAGAAUGUGUUUGGACGAAAUGAGAAACACAGAAAUCUUGACGCUGCAAUGAUCAUGUUUGAAGCUAUUGUGAUCUCCAACCUCAGGCACUCUAGCAAACACAGAUGUUGGGGGCAGGGCUGAUCCUCACCAGACAUCAGUCUCUGACUCUCUGAAGCUUUUUGAAUAAACACUGACUGCUUUACAUUAUAACAGGGAGAACUAAGAGCUUGGAUACGGUUCUAUGUCUAAGAGAGAAAGAACCGGGGAGUAGCUACUUUCCAGUUUCUUAGUGUUGUUUUUAUGUUUCAAGGGAAUAUUUUGUGUCACACAAUAUCUUAAACAUAGCCAUUUCCAAUUAUUAUAUAUUAUUCCACUUAUUGUUAUAUUUAUUUUCCUCCUCCAAGCACCUUCCACCUGGGUAGUUGCUAAAGUAGAGCUGUGAAAAUUGUUAAGGAUUCCUGUUGCAGCCCAGGAGUAUGACUUACAAAUGCAUUGUGCUAUAUUGAUCAUUUAAAUAAAGAUGUCCAGCUUGCUGGCAUAUUUUUACAUCA